AACCAUGCAGGUGGAUCCUGUUCUUGUGCUCUUCUGUGUUUGGCUGGCGGGUGCAGCGGGGAGGAUAGCCCAGUCGAGGGGUCACAAGCUGGAGACCUACAAACAGAGCAGGUCACGAAGAGAGACCAGGAUGGAUGGGGGUGGAGGCCACAAAUCUGGAAGCCCAAUUUACAAACGAAGUCCAGACAUGACGAAAUCUCUGAUGACAAAAUCUGAGCAGCUCCUGAGAAUAGAUGACCACGACUUCACCAUGAGGCCGGCAUUCGGAGGUCCUCCAAUUCCUGUUGGAGUGGACGUUCAGGUAGAAAGUCUGGACACCAUCUCCGAAGUGGAUAUGGACUUUACCAUGACACUUUACCUGCGUCACUACUGGAAGGACGAGCGGCUGUCGUUCCCUAGCACCAACAACCAGAGCAUGACCUUCGACAGUCGCCUGGUGAAGAAGAUUUGGGUUCCUGACAUGUUCUUUGUCCACUCCAAGCGCUCCUUUAUCCACGACACCACAACCGAUAACGUCAUGCUGAGGGUUUACCCCGAUGGCAACGUCCUCUACAGUCUCAGAGUCACCGUCACUGCCAUGUGCAACAUGGACCUCAGCCGCUUCCCUCUGGACACCCAAACCUGCUCGUUGGAGAUCGAGAGCUAUGCAUACACAGAUGAUGACCUGAUGCUGUACUGGAAGAAAGGCAACGAAUCCCUGAACACGGACGACAGAAUAUCUCUGUCCCAGUUCCUCAUCCAGAAAUUUCACACCACCACCAAGCUGGCUUUCUACAGCAGCACAGGCUGGUACAAUCGUUUGUACAUCCACUUCACCCUGCGGCGCCACAUCUUCUUCUUCCUGCUGCAGACCUACUUCCCUGCUACUCUCAUGGUCAUGCUGUCAUGGGUGUCCUUCUGGAUUGACCGCAGGGCCGUCCCCGCCAGGGUGCCACUAGGCAUCACCACAGUGCUGACCAUGUCCACCAUCAUCACCGGGGUCAACGCCUCCAUGCCGCGGGUCUCCUACAUCAAGGCAGUGGACAUUUACCUCUGGGUCAGUUUUGUCUUUGUCUUCCUGUCGGUGAUAGAGUACGCGGCGGUCAACUACCUCUCCACCGUACAGGAGAGGAAAGAGAGAAAGCUGAGGGAGAGACUGCCGUGUACGUGCGGCAUUGGCAACCCAGACGAGAUGAUGAUUGACCCCCAGAUCACUGGCUACGGGUCAAUGGAUGUCAACACCACGGGGAAUUACGGGAUGCCAGAGAAUGGCGGCCGCCAGGAUCGAAUGUUGGCUCAGGUGUCACUGAAUGACCCGCAGAUCGCAAGCCAGGUGAAGCCAUCCAGAGGCUACGUGAACAUUUGGAUAGACACCCACGCCAUAGACAAGUACUCGAGGGUUGUGUUUCCUGGAGCGUACAUCCUCUUUAACAUCAUCUAUUGGUCCAUCUACUCGUAACCCGGGAUGCAGAAGUAGAUCCUCUUUGGGAGUUGUCCGUGAUGAAACUCCAGGAGUUUGGCUCCUUUGUGAAGGAGUGGGAAAAUAUUGGCAUUUGAUGCUUUUCAGGCAGAGAAACUGCACUUAAGAUGCAUGGGGACCAUUGACAGAUUGGUUACCAUUGCCUUCUCGACCCAGCCACUUAAAACUGAAUGAGCUACCGACAAGCAGGACAGUCGUCGUCACUGGUUUUGUCAUUCCAUCAAAUCUAUGUGGUUUCAUGUUGUAACUAUAGUGCUGUUGGUGGAAAGACGUUCUUGUUGUCGCCUGAGGACUUCACUGCACAGAGAGACGCACAAACACGGACCUGUGUAACUCACUGGAAAUGUGACCUGGAAACUGACAUUGCCAGCAUAUGGACAGACUCCUUCUGCUUUGCAUAUGAACUAAACGAGAAGAUUGCUCUCAUGUCUGUACAUUGAAUACGAAGCUACAGCCAGGGGAUGGUUAGCUUUGCCUAGCACAAACACUGUCAACAUGGGGCACUGUAAAUAGCUACCCUGCUCUGUCCCGACUUCAAAAACAACAAGUUAUAUCUCCUUUGUUUCAUCUGUACAAAAAUGGAUGUGUAGAAACAACAUUUUUCUAUUUAUAUAAAACCAUAUACUGAAUCACAUAUUUGUUUACAAUUACUUCAGGUAGAAAAUCCACGCGUCACGUACAUAAAAUUAAACGGCACCGAGGAGACGCUGCCUCAACUGGUUAUUUUAGUGCCUCAAUCAGUUUAGUAUAGUUUCUUAGGAUCCCCAUUAGCUAAUGCCCUGAUGGUAGCCAGUCUUCCUGGGGUCCAACACAUAAAUUGCACAAUUUAACAAAAAAUGUUGUACAUUAUAUACACAUUCAAACAUCACAUUACCAUAGAAAAAAAAAACGAAAAAAUCCCUCAUCAAAUGCUCGACACUUGUUAGACACUUUCAUAACUUACAUUAAUCUCAUUUACAGUUUGUUCAUACAGUUAAUUGCAAUAAAUACUCCUUUAAUGUUAUCUUGUAAGGUAAUGCAGGGAAAAUAGUCCAAGUAUAGCGUUGCUUGAACUUAUACUGAUAUUUUUAGGUGAGUAUUUAUAGGCAUGUAAAAUACAUUUUGUCCACAGCAGCACAGGCGGGCGGCUUUGGAUCAGGCCGUCCACUAAUUAGAAGAUCAGCUGUUGAUCCCUGGCUCCUCCAGUCCGCAUGUCGAAGUAUCCUUGAGCAAGAUAAUGAACCCUAAAUUGCUCCUUAUGGCUGUUCCAUCAGUGUGUGACUGUGUUCAAACUGUGUGCGAAUGGGUGAAUGUGACUCAUAGUGUAAAAGUGGUCGGAAGACUAGAAAGGCGCCAUACAAGUGCAGGUCCAUUUACAUUACUUAGCUUCCAUGCCGGUAGAUUUGGUUAAUCAAAGUUGCUAGCAAAACAGCACAAUACAUAAAAUAAGCACAGCAGACACAUCAGACCAUCGUGUUUACCUUCAUUCAUUCAUUUUCUGUAACCACUUAUCCUGCUGGGGGUUGCAGGGGGGGCUGGAGCCUAUCCCAG